AUGGCAGAAGCUCCCCCACGACCCAGCCGGUUUUUUUGUCACCGCUGUUCAGCAGAGAUUAUUCCACAUCUACCGGAUUACACUUGUCCACUCUGCGAGUCUGGGUUCAUAGAGGAAUUACCUGAAGAAAGAAGUACUGAAAAUGGAUCAUCAAAUGCAUCUUCAUCCUCUUCCUUCAGUGAGCCAAAUCGACCUGCCUUUGAGCAUAUGGAUCCACAACACCUUUUCACAUUUCCCUCUGGUUAUGGUCCAUUUGCCCUUGGAAUUUUUGAUGAAAACUUUGAUCUCCGGACACGGCAUCCCCAAGAGGACAACAGAGAAACCGAAAACAGAAGAGAACGAGAAAUGGCAUCACGGCAACGAUACGGAGCAAGGCAACCACGUGGACGGCAUGGGACUCGACGCCAGGGUAUGCGCCACGAAGGAGUGCCCACGUUGGAAGGAAUUAUUCAGCAGUUAGUAAAUGGAAUUAUUGCACCUACGGCAAUGCCAAAUAUUGGAAUGGGACCGUGGGGCAUGCUCCAUUCAAACCCAAUGGACUAUGCCUGGGGUGCCAAUGGACUAGAUGCCAUUAUUACUCAGUUGUUGAACCAGUUCGAAAAUACAGGACCUCCACCAGCUGACAGGGAAAGAAUAAAAAGUUUACCGACAAUUUCCAUAACAGAAGACCACGUUGGUGCAAGUUUAGAGUGUCCAGUUUGUAAAGAAGACUACAGUGUUUCAGAGAGUGUCAGACAACUACCAUGCAAUCAUUUAUUUCAUAAUGACUGUAUAGUACCGUGGCUGGAACAGCAUGAUACAUGCCCGGUGUGCAGGAAAAGUCUUAGUGGUCAGAACACAGCCACCGAUCCACCAGGAUUAUCGGGAAUGACUUUCUCCCCAUCAUCUUCAUCCUCCUCCUCUUCCCCCAGUUCACCAAGCAAUGAAAAUGCUGCUAAUUCUUAG